UUGAAGCUCAAAAGGCUUUGAAGGCUAUGAAUGGCAGGAUUGUUGAUGGGAGGCUAAUCUUUGUUGAAGUUGCUCAUACAUUAUUGCAUGGAGAAAAUGCUUCCUCCUCUUGAUGAUAGAUGAUAUUGUCUACUCUAAUUAGUAACAUGCCCCGGAAGCCAUUAAGGCGCUCCCGAUUGGGGAAUCAUCAGCCUUUGACCUUUUCCUCAUUUGCUCGUUCAACUGCUCAAAUUGCCUCUACUUCCACAGUCAACCGUCAGAGGCAAGAACCCAAAGUCAAGAGUAAGAAAUCGACGAGUAACAAUAUGACAUCUAAGAGUGAUCAGAUUGAGGCUUCUGACGAUGAAGACUUUGAUGGAGUUAUUCAAGCAGAUUUUGUGUUCUUUGAUCCAAAACCUGAUGAUUUCCAUGGAGUGAAGGCCUUACUAAAGAUUUAUCUUGAUGAUAAACACUGGGAUUUGAGUGGUUUUGUGGACUUGAUCCUAGGACAGCCUACUGUGGGGACUGUCAUUAAAAUAGAGGAUGAUGAAGAAAAUACUAUCUGGUCUAUUGUAUCUGCUCUUAACUUGUAUAGAUACAAGGAACAUAAAUGUAUUGUAGAGCUCAAGGAGUAUCUCCUUAAAGUAUGCCACGAGAAGGACUCCAGCAGUAAUUUGAGAUUGCUUUUGAAUGAAGAAGCACAUAAUGUAGGUCUUUUGGUGUCUAAACACAAUACAUGUCUCCCCGACAAGCUAUUGCCACAUCUGUACGAUGGUCUUUUUGAUGAAAUUUCCUGGGCUACAGAAGAUGAGCCAACAGCGGAGCUUCGAAAGUCCUUCGGCUUUAAAUACUAUCUAAUAAUCUGUCAAAUUGGAAAGCUAAAGGGAACAAACCGAAAAAAGAAGCAGAACAAUGAAGAGGAAAUAUUAUAUCGCAAGCCCGAAGAUGAAAUAUUUCACAAGCUCAGCUUGUGGUCCAUUACAUAUCCUUUGAACACUGAGCAGCUUUUAACUUUUGAGGACAAGAACUAUAAGCUAAUGGGGUUGGUUAUGGCUGUUGAAGCAAACAAGAUCCCGGUAUUUCGACGCCAGUUGCAUUCGUUAAUCGACGAAUCAUGAGGCUGAGUCAGGCUGAAGCUUCUCAUAAACUAUAUGAUUGCAUAUAUAGUAAGGUUUUGACUUGGCUGUCCCAAAUUUUGAUUUUGAUUUUCACAAUUUUUGGUGUUGUUUUUUUGACUCUUUUUACAUCAUAUUUAGGAUUUGGUACAUCCAUUAUUUAAUUCAUACAAUAUGCUAAUCAUCCAUUACAUCAAUAUAUCUAAUUUUAUAUUGUAA